AGAAGAUUUGUGAUCGUUUGAAGUGGGAAUUUCGUAUCUUGCGACCGACAUUGCCAACAUUUCUCGCCUCCUAAUUCGCUUAGAGGCUUUAGAUGAGCUGGCCCCUUCACUUCAGAUAAGGAGGAACACUUGCAGGAGAAAUGGCCUAUGCUUGCAAGCAGGCAUCUUUUUUGGACGACAUUGAUGUACCAGCAGAAUUAAAUGAUGACGUUUUUGUUGUGCAAGGAGUAUGUGGAAGGAAAGCUGAACAAGAAAGAUUACUUGGUUCCCUUUUGGAGGAUGAGCUGAACAGGAGCAUUGAGAAGCUGAGAGAACUGGAGAGGAGAACAGCAUGUGAUACCAUGCGACUUGCACAGCUGCUUAGUGGUGAUGAUAAUCCAAACAGCUCCCUUGGUACAGAAGAAGAAUUACUAGAAGACAUUGAAAAGCCUAUCUUGAAUUCCAGUGAAUCAUCCUCAGCAGAGCUUGUCUCCAUCUCAACUGGAUCACCAAGUCCUGUGAAUCAUUAUUCAAGUUUUUGGGAAGGAAUACAAAACUCCAGUUUGUAUGGUCCAAUUAAGAAGGCGACAAGUGGCGAUUCAAAUAUUCAUUCUUCUGUUUCAUCUGGAUUACCCAUCACAGUAACCAACAAAGAAGAUUUAAUGAAUGAUAGGGAAGCCCCUGCUUUGAAUUCCAGUGGACCAGAUUGUGCAGAACUUGUGUCAUUCCCAGCUGAAUCACCAAGCCCUGUGAAACAACGCUCACGUCUCAGGGACAGAAUGAAUGGCACGAUCACAAUUAAUCAGUCGGAAAAACUAGGAAGUGAUGAUUCAAGAUUCCAGGUUCCUGUUACACCCACUGAUGUGGCCCAGAAGAUCAUGCAGUUCAGCUAUCCAGGACCACCUAAGCUUGCUAGACUUUUGUCAGUGAAUGAGAUUGGACUGCAGGCUUUGGAACAUGCCGCUGGAAGUUGCUCAUCUGAAGGUCAGGAGAGAUGCAUAGAGAAGAUAAGUCCGAAAGAAAAAUCUGCUAAUGUGACAUCAUCGCCCGUAUCGUCUUCUGAUCUGCCAUCUUUGAGUAUUUUGAAUUUGGAUGAAGUCAGUGAUAGCUUGCUGUCUUCAUCACUGAUGUCAUCACCCAUCAAAAAGCCCACCGAUGGUCAGCCAGUAGUAUGUGUAGAAAAUUCAAGGGAUGAGUCAGAAGUAGACAUUGAAGAAAGGAUCAAGAAGUUAUGCGAAGGUCUAAAGGUGUCGGGAGGUGAAUCCACAUGUAAUCCUGAAGUUGCAGGGACCUCUCCACCUCGGUCACCUAGUAGCCGAAUGACCUUUGGAGGUGCUUGUACCACACUUAAUAUGGAGGAGCUGAACGACAGUUUGCUGUUCUCCUUUUGUAUGGCAAAAUCACCUUUUCCUGAGGAAGACUCCAAUUUUCUGGUGCCCACCCCUGUGGCAGAGUACAAGAAGAAAUUAUUAAGAGAGCAAGGUGAGCGGAAAAACAGUGCGAGUAGCCACUUAGUCAGCAAAUUAGGUACAGAGGGACUUGAGCGGUUGUUAAAUGAAACUCAGUGCAUUACCAAUAAAUCCAUGCCUCUCAGCGAUUCACCCAAAGAUCUCGAAAAUGUGCUUUCAACGGACAAGGUCAUUGGUGCCUUAGAGAGGUUAACGGAGGGACCUGACACCACCUUUGUACAGACUUCAGCAAAGCCACUGAAUAACACUUUUAACACUGUUGGAAAUGUGGAUGAGGCCUCCAAGAAAGAGGAAGUCAAAAUUGAAGCCACAAACACAACCUUUUGCCAAGUGAAAGAAGUUCAAAAUGAAACAUUUUGCGCCCAAGCAAAAGAACUGGCGAACAUCACUUUUGACUCCAAACCAGCAAAGGUUGCUGACACAACUUUUGGUAUAGAAGGGAAAGGAAAAAAUGAGACAUUUGAUAAAGCUGCUGAAGUCAACGCUGUAACGGACAGUACGGACGCAAACGAAAAGAAUUGUGAGAAACUGAAUGUGACUUUUGAAAAAGGGGAAUAUCAUAUUCCCUCUUUGAACGAGACGAUCAGUCUCAUGGAUGCUGAGGGAGAAGUUUUACAGUUGAUCCUUGAUUCUACACCAGGGAAACCAUCUAAAACCAGACCAGGUGCUGUGUCCACGCCAAAAGCUGGCAAUGUGCAAGAGGUGCCUGCCAAGAAUACGGUUACCAAAGAUCCUGCUCAGUCAUUCAUACACAGAAUGUCUUUAGGCGUAAGAAGAAAUGCACAAAAUGCAACAGACAGUAAACAGCAGGAUACUAUAACUUCUCAGCCACCAAAUUUAUGCACAGCAUUGCCAGGACUGAAAGGAGGAUGUGUGAGCGAGCAAUCGGUGACGAAUAAGCUUCGUCGGUUUCAAGGUGGGCAGGGACGUGCGAAGAAUGGUCCUGUGAGAGCCUUGCCUCUGGCAGGCGUGUCUGUGGAUGGCUCUGAUGAUAAAGCACAGAAGAACACCCCUGAUGGACUGGAUGGGAUUAAAGCUUUAGACAACGUUAACAACACACCAGAGGAAGGCAACAACAAGGACCUCUCGAAAGGGGUUGGAAGGCCUCAGCUCCCGUCUUUUGGUUCUUGCAGUAGUAUUGAAAAUGAAAGGCCAUCCACUCCUGAUCUAGUGCCGUCAAGAGGUAUUUUGACAUCAACACCGGAUAUUACCAGGCUUCCAUCUAGCAGCAUGCAUCCAAGGAUUACUAGCACACCAGCAACGAAGAUAGGUCCAUUCUCAGAUGCUUUAGGGAUUGAUGGGCCGGCUCCCACGCCAAUCGCAGCCCCAGCAUCCAGGUCUCGGUUCAUUGUGAGCACCACUUCGUCAGUCCCCGAGCAGCAGAGUCAAGAUAAUCCUUCUAUAGACAAUGUGAAAGGCUCAUCCAAAAGUGAUGUAGAAACUGUGAAUACUCCUGCUAAGAAGUCUUCGGUGGUGUCAGCAGCACCAGCUACGUGUACCCAAGAUGGAAGAGUUCUUAAUUCUACCGUAGAUGUUUAUGAGGGUAAUACCCAUAAAUAUGAAAAUAAUGAGGACCAUGAAACUGCACAGUUAGGUGCAGAAAAUAUUGAUUCAGCUAAUGCUCUUGCAUCUUUGGAUGUAAACAAAGUAGUUAAAGAUUGCCCAGGGGCAUUAGGAGGUGAAUGUUUUCCAGUCGAUGAUAUGAAUGAAAAUCUAAAUACCAGCCUAGUUCCACAAAGUCUUGGAGAGGAACAUUCAGAGGGAAAACAUUUAUCUCACCAUGAAGAAGCUGCCUCACCACAAGUUACAUCCAUUGUGAGCGAGACCAAGGAAAUGCACAGAUAUGAAGAACAGGAAAAGGGCAGAGCUCUAGAUGAACCGAAUCCUAAGUCUUUUUCCGAAAACGUAAAUUUGAAACAGCCAGAAAAAAAUGAAUGUGUAGUUAAAGAUAUAAAUGAGAAUUCUGGCAAACAGGAGCAACCUUUAGAAGUGGAGAAAGAUAAAGACAGUAAAGAAACAGAAAUAGCAGAAUUGCAACCCCCUCUCAAGAAAAUAGGAAAAGGACCAGAGAAUGAUUCAGACAUUGGACGUAAUGUAAAAAGUGACCUGGUUACUACGCCUAGUGAAAGCUUGCAGCCACAACCAAAAGAGAUAGAACCAAGUAAAGAACUGCCGCAAAAUGAGAAUAGUGCGUGUUCUUCAUCUACUUCAAAUAAAAGUGUAAGAAAAGAUGAAAGUGAUGACAAUUGCCAAAAUGGUCCUUCAGUCAUCUCAGAAAAAGGAAAUGAAACAGAAAUAAUUGAUCAGCCAGAAGGUAGCAAACUGAACCAGGCUCCUGUUCUGAAUAAGGAUGAGAGUAGAGGGAAAGGGCUUAUGAAAAAGUCAGGACCAGUAUCGAAAGUAAAUAACCGUGUGAGAAAGUCAACAGUUGAGAAAUUUAAUACCCCCACUACAGAAAACAAGGUAGCUUUGAAAAAGAAAAUGAAUGUUAAUAAAGAAAAUAUACUGGUAAGCCAAUCAAAAAGUAAUGUGAGUGCCACACCUAAGGUUUUAAUAGCUAACAAAAAUCAAAAGCUUGGGGCAAAGAUGCCGGCUCAGCGAAUAAGCCUAGCUCCCUCUAAUGGCCAAACAAAAAUGUCUGUAGAGAGUAGUAAGAAGAGGCAUGCUUCUGCUGGUAGUGCUACUAUGAGGACAAGAACUGUAAAUGAUGGUAAGGAGGCAGAAAUAACACCCAAUAAACCUCUUGCUAGACCUUUAUUAACAAGACAGACUGCUAAAGCAAUCCCUGUGAAACCUACUGGAAUGAGACCUCCCGGCAUCAAAGGUAAAAGUGACAUUCCUGGCUCUGCAGGAUCCAAACCCUCUUCAAGAAUGCAGCCACCGUCACACUCAUCUGUGCAGCCUCGGGGAACUUCUAAAUCACCCCUGAAUAUCCGAUCUUAUUCAGGAAACCCUGUAAAGGGCAUCAUAAGGACUCCAGGCAGUACUGCUUCGAAACUUCCAUCAAAAUUACCCAGUAAACUCCCGGCAACCUCUUCCUGUAUUCCUGCCCCUUCAGCUAGGACUGCUGCUGGCCCUGUGUCAUCUAGUAAUUCAGGAGGGCUUUCAAGGUCACUCAAAAGGCCAGGCCACGAAGGAAAGUAGUUCAGCUGCGUAUCGCCAACUCUUAAACUGUGAACUUCAUAUACAGGCAUUAUGUUGAGAAUAAUAUUGUUGGGAUUUUCCUCUCUCUCUCUCUCUCUCUCUCUCUCUCUCUCUCUCUCUCUCUCUCUCUCUCUCUCUCUCUCUCUAGUUUUCAGAUUCAUGAGAUAGAUAACGUGACACCUCAUGUUCAGCAUUAUGAUACCUUUUCCAGAAUUAACACAACAUUGGUAUAUCACCCGUACCAUAAUGCAUAUUUGGGGGAAGAGUAAGAGUUGUUAUAAUUUAAAAUAUAAUGGUAUUGGAGUAUACUAAGACAAAGAUGUGUGCUUCGAUGCUCAAUUUUACUCUCCAUCAUAUCAUUUUCUUGUGCUUUUUAUUCACUGUUGAUUGUUGCAUUCUUUACCUAAUACGUAUUCCCAUUUUUUAUUCACUUGUACAGAUAAUACUUGAUUUGAAGUCUCAUUUUUAUGAAACUAUAAAGAUGAGUAAGCUAGGUUUAAAAUACAACAGAUUUGUACAUAUUCUCUAUAUGGAAGUAUUUUAUUUAUGCAUUUUAGUGCAGCUUACUCAUUUGUAAGCGUUAGUUUGUAAUUACUUUUUCUUUUCCGAUCUGCAUGAUUGCCUUCAUGUUAUCCUCUUUCAGUGACCGCUUACUGUUGUGCAUAAUUCAAAGCCAUAUAAAAGUUGUAAUAUUUAAGCUAUUUUUCUAUUACACACUAUUUAAAGGAUCAUUAGAGCUCUAUAAACUGCUGUGUGUUCAUGUAAGGAAAUAUUAAUAAAUAACUUAAUUUUUA